AUGGCCAUAUUCAGACAGAUCAGCUGGUGCAGUGGUGGGACCGAUUCGGUUAUAGCUGGUGCAGUGGUGGGCCACUCGGUUAUAGCUGGUGCAGUGGUGGGCCAUUCGGUUAUAGCUGGUGCAGUGGUGGGCCACUCGGUUAUAGCUGGUGCAGUGGUGGGCCACUCGGUUAUAGCUGGUGCAGUGGUGGGCCACUCGGUUAUAGCUGGUGCAGUGGUGGGCCACCCGGUUAUAGCUGGUGCAGUGGUGGGCCACUCGGUUAUAGCUGGUGCAGUGGUGGGCCAUUCGGUUAUAGCUGGGGCAGUGGUGGGCCACUCGGUUAUAGCUGGUGCAGUGGUGGGCCACUCGGUAUUAGCUGGUGCAGUGAUGGGCCAUUCGGUUAUAGCUGGUGCAGUGAUGGGCAAUUCGGUUAUAGCUGGUGCAGUGAUUGGCCAUUCGGUUAUAGCUGGUGCAGUGGUGGGCCACUCGGUUAUAGCUGGGGCAGUGGAAACGAAUAUUCAAGAAAGAGCGGAAUGA